AUGGAGGACUGGUGAUGGAGAGGCAUUUUUAUUUGAAGGGAAGCCUUGGGAAUAAUAAGUAGGAGCCUGCGAUGGAAGCCAAAGAGAAAGGAUUCUUCAAAAUUUGAAGAAGCAAAAUUUAGAGAAGAAAAUAGUGAAAAUAGAGGGCUGAUUAUAAAAUUUGGCAAAGGCGGGAACCAUCAAGAGUGCUUUGGACUCUGUAUUUUUAUUUAA